AUGAAGCGACAUCUACAAUCUGCGCUGACAAAUCACUGCGAUGACAACAAACCCCGAAACUGUGCUAUCGAAGUAUUACCCCUUGGGCAUAUUUACUUGGGCCAGUCAGCAGUUAGACUGGUCAAAGAUUCUCCCUUUAGAUUGGAGGAACAGUACACUAAAACUUUACACUGGAAUUCUAGACCUUCUGGAAGAAGGGAGUCACCAAUGUGGAGGAAGGAUAGUGUAAAAUACUCUGUCUACCGACUGACCUGA